ACCCAUUGUUCAUUUCGACCCCAUAUUUAGGCGACAAGAAUGGAGGAUUUGGAUCUUCUUCACCACCAACGUUUAGUCGCCAUCGAUUCUAAACCAAAAACUGAGACUCUCAGCUGAAAGGUAAAGCCUUCAAUCUUGGCCAUCUUUUUACCGGCGGCAACUGUGAAGAUGCAAAGGCGGCGCCUGCUUGGGCCGGAAGUGAGCCCGCCACCACUGAAACAUGGAAACGAAACUCGUGAUCUUCACAUUAGCGACACGAAUUUCGACACAAACAUGGUGUUUAUAUUGGCAGUUUUUCUAUGUGCUUUGAUCUUCGCGUUGGUGUUGAACUCGAUAGCGCGUUGGGCUCGGGGCUGCGGCAGAAGGUUUGCUCCGGACACUCGAGAACGACCGCUGUCGGUGACGACAGGGCUCAAGAAACUAGAUUUGGAGCGAAUUCCGGUGGCUGUUUUGGGGAGUGACUCGAAUUUUAAUUCGACUGAGUGUUCGAUUUGCCUUGGAGAGUUUGAAGAUGGGGAGAAGGUUAGAGUGUUGCCGGAAUGUAAGCAUGGAUUUCAUGUAAGAUGCAUUGAUACAUGGCUGGUGUCACAUUCGUCGUGCCCCAAUUGCCGGCAUUCAUUACUCGAACAUUGCAUAUUAGAGAAUGCCGAGACAUCACCGGAAGACCCCGCCGGACAAUUAUCUGAAGAUGGAAUUGGGGAGCAACAGCUUGACAGCGGUGCUGUGGUCGUUCAAGAGGGGAUCUAAUGCAAGUUGACCUUA